AUGUCGGGCGAACUCACUAGUAUACUGCUAUCAUUUCAGCCGGACAGCCCGGAGCUCGAGAAGAGGCGCGAUUACGACACGAAGGCUCGUCACUUUGUCUCACAACUGUCCAACAUCCCAUCAGCACCUUGGUCCAAGGGAGCAGAUACAUCACAAGAUGUUCUUUCGAUACUCAACCCCGCCGUAAAUUCAAUAGCGUACGCCUUUGCCAUAUGUCACAGGAUCUCUACCUUGGUCGAGAAGAGGAAUAUACCAGAUUCGCUGCAGCCUGGAGGUUCGUUAUGGAAUCAGUUGGUACUCUUCCUCGAGACUGCGGACCCUAUACAGCUGCGAUAUGUCGGAAAGGAGUGGAGGGCAUUGGUGGAGUACACAGAGUACAUUGCGCGCGCAUGCGGAUCACCGAGCCUCGCUAUUGCGCCAAUGCGAUCAGCUAUGACUCGACUUGAUCCUACUACAGGCACUUUCACCUCAAUCCACCUCCUCUUCGUACAACUAUGUUGCGAGAUACGAUCGUACGCGGCCGCCGAACCCAUUCUCGACAACUAUAUCCACGCUAUCCCCCAGAAGAUCCCCAAUGUUGUCCGCGACGGUCUCGAAUACUCGGUGCCAUGCGCUGAUGUUGCGAGUAGUGGGGAGUACAUACAUCAGAACUCAGGGCACUCGGAUAAGGUUUCAGUGUCAGAGAUACAGGAGUACUAUGUUCUCGGAGCCCAGGCAUAUCUAGGUAUUCGCCAGUUCAAGAAGGCGCAACAAUUUCUGGAGCACGUCUUGGUUAUGCCCACAGCCAAUACAGCGAACGGUCUGAUGCUGGAGGCGUACAAGAAGUGGGUGUUGGUGAGCUGUCUUGUGGAGGGAAAGAUGGGCAUCUGUCCGCGUACUUCGAACGGCAAUGCGAUCAAGACGAUCAAAGCUGCGUCAAAAGCCUACGAAGCCUUGGCGGAGGCGUAUGAAGAGUUGGACAACAUGUCGAAGCUGAAAGCACAGGUCCAAGCUGGCUCUGAGAUCUGGGCAGAGGACGGCAACGCUGGUCUCGUCAACGAGCUCAUCAGCAGCCAGACGCGGGCCUAUGUUUCGCGGCUGUCACGUACAUACUCGGCGAUUCCAGUCUCAAACAUUGCCAACCACCUGGGGGCUCCGGCGGAUGAGAUCGCCCGAUACAUCGACACACUGAUCAAGGAUGGGCACCUGAACGCACGGUUGGAGGAAACGGACAAGUCGAACGCGGGGAUCGUACUACGUUUCUUCUUAGACCCAACGCAAGGACCUCUAGCCAAGAGUGAGAAGCAGCAACAGCAAGCGCUGUUUGAGCAGACGCGCCGUACCAACAUGCUCGCCGAGCAAGUCAAGGACGCCGACUACCGAUUGAUGCUCACCAAAGAGUACGUUGAGAACCAGAAGCGGCUGAACAAGAGGCAGAACAACAACGGCGAUGCCAUGGAUACGGCAUGGGACGACAGCCUCGAGGCGGAGGAGGACAUGAUGGUCGAUCUGCAUUGA